CAGCUUGUAUCAAAACACAUAUCUGUGCAAAGCAAUGAAGAGAUUCUAAACACAAACAAGUUUUUCGCAUUGACUCCACAACUGAAUGAAGAAGAGUGUAAGUUUUAGAAUACAAUUACACACCACAUGAUAACACUGAGCACUGCUAAAAAAAAAUCAUUGGAUUGGCACAGCGUGGCAAGUGCCAUGCAUGUGCUGUAGAUCUCCAGUGCUUCUAUUUGGGAAGCAUUGGACUGGACUGAGAUGAUCAGUAUUGAUUAUCUAACAGUCUGUCGAUCUGGGUGCAGUGGCAAGAUUAUUCCACAGAGUAAGAAUUAAAAAUUAAUUUCAAAUUGAAUACCAAAAUAGCUGAACUGGAAUCAUAGCUUAGAUAAUUUUCCAGUUCAUCUAUAUUGGACUUAAAUUUGAAAUUCACUUUGAAUUUUAAAUAUCCCUGCCAGUGCUGAAUUGCAGGUAAGUUUAAAUGCAUUUUUUGGUUAAAGUAGGGAGGCCCUCAAUCUAAAACAUUGAAAGAACACAUUUAACAUAAUAAUAAAUAUUUUUGUAAAUUUAGAAUUCCCUUUAAGUGCAGGCAAAUAUGAAUAUCAGCCUGUUUGAAAUUACACUUCAAAUAACUCAUACAUUCAUCUGACAGAGGAAAGUUUAUUUUAUACACUCCUACUUGAUAUUUCAAAAGACCAUAUGCACUAAAGGUAUGAAUAAACUAUAAAACAUGAACAGAAGACAUAUGACAGUUCUUUAAAUUCAGUUUUGUACAGUCCAAAGAGAUCAAAGCAUCUAUAUCAAUGCAUCGGGUGACAUCCUGUGGGAAAAUAAAACUGUCAAAUACAGACAAAGUAAACUGAAUAUUCUAGCAUUCCAGCAGAGUCAUAGACCACAGUCAUAGACUUCCACAGGUUGGUGUUGACAUUUAGUACAUUAAAACACAUCAAAGGAACUCUCCAUUAAAAAAAAUAUAUAUAACUCAAACAACCCCCCAACAAUUUAGUAUAUAUACCACCAAUGAAAAUAUGCACAUGAGCAAUGAGCUUUGAGUAGACCGUGUUUAAAUAGGGAAAUGGGAGAGAUGACACUCCCAUAGCGUGGAGUCUGGAGUAAAUCAACCUCCCCGAUUUGAAUGCGCCAAAGGCAACUUUAUGGUCAGGGCACCAUGCUGGACUUCCAGCCCGCCUCAGCACUCUAACCACUGUAACGGAGCUUCUGUACCCAAUACAGAAGCUCCGUUACUCUGGGGCGUUACCUCCGUAGUAGCUGAAUAGUGAAUAUUGUGUCCUUUUCCAAUAAAACAACCGGUUUUUUUCCAAUAAAAGACCCCAAGCAUGAGGUCUCUAUUCAGCCCGCUCAGGCGCCUCUUAGUCUGGGAGAUAAGUGAUCAUUGUGUCCGCUCUCGGUUAAACUAAUUAUCUCCCGAAUACAGAGAGCGCAACAUAGAAAACAUUUCUGAAACAACAUUGCACACCCACAUAUCAUAUGUCCCUGGAGAGGUCUGAGCCGAGCGCCCAUUCUGUAAAAAUAGUGCACAGAUCCAUGAUGUAUUCUCCAAACGCAAUUGGGUUAAAGUUCUAUCCGGCCGCUACGACAGUUCAGACUGAAAAUAGUUCCAUGUGUUUGUGGCCAUAUGCUGGUCAUUUAAUGGGAGCUCUAGCUGCUGCAAGGCAUCGGAGAUCCCUGCUGCUCAUAGGGAGCGAUUUGGUCUCCCUGGUGGAUGGUAGCUUCCCUUCUAAAAGCACCCUUUUAGCUUGUUGGGAAGGGGUCGAAAACAAAAGGCAAUUAUGACUGGGGUGGGGUGUUGAUUGUAGCCGACCUGGAGUUCCAGAGGUAACGCCAGUAGCUCUAGAUGGUGAUGCUAGCUUACUCUAGCUCUCUGGAAUGGGCAGUGGGGCAUGAGAAAGGUGUCGCUGAUUUGGGGUACACAUAGUUGAGUGGGGCUAGAAGUAGGGAUAUAGUUUCUGUCAUUGAUUAUAGUGUUUUUGAGGUACAGGUUCUUUACACCCACUAUUCCCCCCGAGGUCUGGGGCAAGUCCCUGAGUACUCGAAUGCAUGGAGGAGGAUCCGUCAGGACGCCAUGGGGAAUUCUAUGCAAUACGCUGCAUGGUUCCCUACGUAGAGCCUCUGCCAGAGAGGAGAUUGACGGACUUGUGAGUAGGCAUGAUGCGCCCCUUACUCCCGGUACUCCAUGACAAAUAUCAAAGUUAAAAAAAAAAAAAAAAAAAAUGUAUUUAUUACUUUUUCAGUGAGGGAAAGUGCUGGCCAGCCGCUACAUAUUUAACCCAUGUGCCUUUAAGGAUUCUUAACCGUUGACCCGCUAGUGCUACAAGUUGGCAUAUAGUACUUAAAAUUAUUGUUUGCUUGCAUAAAAGUUACUGAAUGAUGUGAAUUUAAAUCAAAAUUUUAUAACUUUAGGUACUUUGUGUAUCUUCCGAAUUAUAUACUUUGUGUAGGAUUUGGGUGCGAGAUCACUAAUUUUAAUAUGAACACAUAAAAUGCUAAUGCAAAACUUAUUGGUUAUGGUGUCUCUAGAGGGUCCCUUUAAUAUAUUUUUUUUCCACAGAUUGCAGAAGUAUGGCAGCUGAAAUUAAUUAUGACAGCUUUAAACUAAGGUUACAAUUUAUGAAUAUUAGGGAUAUGGAAAUAAUUUGUCUCAUGCACUAUUAAUCCAGCUCUUUGAUGAUAAGAUAGGAAUUUAAUAUUUUCUUUAUCUCUGGUAAUUUAGAAAGGAAGCAAGGCAAAAUUUAACACAUGUAAAACACAUUGAGAAUGGGAGGAUGCAGUGGGUGCUAGAAAAUGGAUGAAGAUAAAUGGUUAUAUGAAGAGGAUACAUGCUCUUCAUUCUACUACUGUAGAAUAAAACCUAAAAGUUCACCAGGACUUGGAAAUACUUUAAGAUUUAACACCGUAAUGGAUGAGUUUAUCUACUUUUUUGCAUUAAUUUUUUUUUUCUGCCUGGGCGUGAGCUCACCAUUUUGAUUUAAUUUAGUAUAAGGCUGGAAUUCAGGCAUUCCUAUGGCGACAUUUUUUGGAUUGUAUGUAGAGUGAAUAUUAAGUAAGGUAUGUAAUAGUAAGUUAUGACGCAGUAUCUGUAUGGAGAGGGAAUAUGGAGUAUACAAGGGAAGUUCAUUUGUGGUCUAAAAAAAAAAUUUGUAUUUUCAGCAUAACUAGAGAAAAUUGUCAGGGUCUGUUUUAAAGGGACACUCCAGGCACCCAUACCACUUCUGCCCAUUGGAGUGGUCUGGGUGGCAACUCCCACUACCCUUAACCCUGCAAGUGUAAUUAUUGCAGUUUUUAUAAACUGCAAUAAUUACCUUGCAGGGUUAACUCCUCCUCUAGUGGCUGUCUACUAGACAGCCACUAGAGGGCACUUCCUGGUUUCUUCCUGGUUUCUAGCACAGGUUUUCUGUGCUAAAGCGUCGCUGGACGUCCUCACGCUAUGUGAGGACCUUCAGCGUCGCUAAAAUCCCCAUAGGAAAGCAUUGAAAGCAUUUUCAAUGCUUUCCUAUGGGGAGGUCUAAUGCGCGUGUGCAGCAUUGCCGCGCAUGCGCAUUAGGUCUCCUUCCGCCGGCGGCCACACAUGCACAAUCGGUCUCCCCUGCCGGCUGACGUCGGCGGGGGACGAGCGUGGGCGGACCCUAAACCACCGCCGAGGGACAUCGCCGGUGGUCUCAGGUAAGUCACUGAGUGGGUUUUCACCCCUUCAACAACAUGGGAUGGGGGGUGGGAAGGAGAGGGGACCUGCAGUGCCAGGAAAACGAUUUGUUUUCCUGGCACUGGAGUGUCCCUUUAAGAAAUUACAGCGUGGUAUCUGUUGUCUGGAUGGUUACCGUUUGUCCGGUGAAUGUGAGCAUUGUAAUCCUCUUGUGUCUGUUUAAGGAGAGUCUGUAUGUUGUGUCUCUGUGAUUCUCUUGUUUAUUUUUUCUUAUUUAUUACUGGUAUUUAUAAAGCGCAGCGCUGCACAAUUAGUGGAGAACAUACAAUAUAUACAGACAAAAGGUAAAGAGGGCCCUGCCCGUAAGCUGAAAUCUUGCCAUUUAAGCUCUUUUAUACAAAGUGCAUAGGUAGAUUACAAUCUACAGGAUACCGUGGGGAUUUGAGACGAGGUAGCAGGGGAAUUUUGGAAGUGAUGGCUAAAUAAGGAAACAGAGAGUUGCAGCUAUUGGUAGAAUAUAGAGGGAAUGAAGAGGUAAGUGAGUGAGAAUUUUAAACAGCUGGAGGAGCAUGCUAUAAAUUUAGGGGGAACCUGGGUGGGCGGGAGGAGGUGUGGGUGGGCUGAGCCGAGUAGAAUUGUAGGGGCUUGCAGUAGGGAUGGUAUGGAAAAUGGGCCUAGGGAGGGAGUAGAGAUAAACAGUUAUAUCAAGGUAUUUACAGCUAGGAGUGGCAAGCAUGGGGGGAGGAGUGGGAGAGGUCAAGAAACAGUUGUGAUUUACAAUUUAGAAUUUUGCCAAUCAUCCUAACAGUGUACACUAAUAUGUGAGUCUAAAGCAUAUGUAGCUAAACAUUGUACCUAAAUAGUAUGGUGAUACACAGUAGCAUGUGGCACUAAAGCAGGUGGUUAUAGGCUACUAGAAUAGGAGGGCUGGCAAGUGGGAUAUGGGCUGCUGCAGCCUCACACAUCUCUUCUGUGGAUAACAAUAGGAGCAUGUACAUUGGGAUGUCUUUUGGUAGAGUACUGCAGGACUGGGCAGUCAGCAGGAAUUCUCCAGGCCGUUUCUAGCCCAGCAUUCUGUUGGUUCAUUUAUGAACUGGUGGCAAUCAAAAUGCUCUCCAGGCCUAGACUGCUCCACUGGGACAUUUGCCAAUGGACUGCAGAUCUCUGUGAAUGCUCACAUAUGCCAGGCAGGUCAUACUGAUGGAUAUUGCAGGGAAAAGCCUUAGUUUAUCAAAUUCACAUUUUCUAUGUUCCAUGUGACAAAAAAAAACCCAACACUUUGCAUGUCCUUCCAAUAAAUCACUAUUGAAGCACUUUGUGCACACAGCAUAUCCUAGUAGCGUUGCUCUUAUUUUUUCUUGUAUUCUGCAUUUUGAUUUGUACUCCUGAUCAAGAUACAGGGGCUAGAGGUGAAAGCAACCAGGAGGUACCGUUCUUCAUUAAAUUUUUUCACAGCCCGUUAAAUUUCUGAUCUCAUUCACACUCAGUCUUGACUUUUACAUGUUGGAAGCAGGAAAAAUUGGCAAGUGAAAAGAUCUGAGUGACUUUGACUAGGGCCAUAUAGUGAUCGCUAGACGACUGGGUCAGGGUAUCUCUAAAAUGGCAAGUCUUGUGGGGUGUUCCCGGUAUGCAGUGGUUAGUGCAUAUCAAAAGUAGUAGAAGGAAGCAGUUUAUUACAUAUGGGACUGCAUAGCUGCAGACUGGUCAGAGUGUCAAUGAUGACUCCUGUCCACCACUGAAUGCGCUAUCAAUGGGGACAUGAGCGUCAAGACCAAUGGAAGGAGUUUGCCUGGUCUGAUGAAUCAUGUUUUCUUUUAAAUCAAGUGGAUGGCCGUGUGCGUUGUUUACCUGGGGAAGAGAUGGCAGCAGGAUGCACUAUGGGAAGAAGGCAGGCCGGCAGAGGCAGUUUUAUGCACUGGGCAAUGUUCUGCUGGGAAACCUUGGGUCCUGGCAUUCAUGUGGAUGUAAUUUUGACACGUACCGCCUACCUAAAGAUUGUUGCAGACCAAUUAACCCCUUCAUGGUAAUGAUGUUCCCUGAUGGCAGUGGCAUCUUUCAACAGGAUAAGUCACCCUGCCACAUUGCAAAGACUGAGGUUUGAGGAACGUGAUAAACAGUUCAAUGUGUUACAUUGACAAAUAGGUGCACAAUAUGGAGUCAGUAAGUGUGAGUGAAGCUCAAAAAACACCUUAAGUGGUAUCCCCUAAACCACUUCUAUAGAAUACAAAAGAAACAUACAUACAUAAGGUGGAGCAUCUUACAUGGGCGUUCAGUAUAUAUCUGUAAUCAUAUGAGUACAAGACAAUAGUGCAAUAUUGUUGUAAUACAAAUAAUCUAUAAUAUGAACAUAUGGAAUAUCAUUUACAAGUCAGGAGUCAUAAAUCUGAUAUGACUCGGAUGGUAAACGCCUGUGGACACUUUAAGGAUGUCCAGUCCCCUCUUUGGUCUCCUUCCUUGGAGUCUGAGCUGCUUUACUCCUCAGGAUCGUAAGUAUUAACCAAUAUUCCAGAUAUCAGGUGCAUGUAUACAAGAUACCACAGGUGAGUUUUCGAAAAGGAGAUGCUUUAUUGGUAAUCCAUUUGAAAACAUAAAAUAAAAUAUAAGUAAAGAAUAUAAAAUAUAAAUAAAUACCAGGUUUAGUGUCGCUGGGUGACUGAAUCGUCCAAUUACUGUCCAAAACGCGUUUCGCCCUUUCAAACGGGCUUCCUCAGUUGGCUGUGUGUCUUCUUGGUCUUCCUUCCUUUUAAAUAUCCCGCUUGGCGUCUACUUCCAGUUUAGUCAAUUUGGAACGCAAAUGUGUUACAUUGGGCUUCAAAUACCCCAGAUCUCAAUUGAGCAUCUGUGGGAUGUGCUGAAACAACAAAUCACAUCCAUUGCAGCAAUACUUUGCAGGACUUGAAGGUUCUGCUAUUAAUGUCUUUGUAUCAGAUACCACAGGACAUGUUCAGUGGUCUUGGGAGUCCAUGCCUUGACGCAUCAGAGCUGGUUUGGCAACACAAAGAAAACCUACAUGAUAUUAGGCAGGUGGUUUUAAUGUUGUAGCUGAUGGUAAUAAUUACUUACGAUAUAACUCCUUAAACAUUAAACACUCCACUUUGUACCACUACAAAAUGUUUCAACCUACUUGUUUUGGGAACCGUUCUGUGGCAUCUAUGACAUCAAUUACACUCUACCUCUUUUCUUUUUCUCUUUCCCUCUUUUUCUGCCAUUAAAACUGCUGAGUUUUUGAAAGACAAUACACAGAGUUUAAUUUAUUCAGUAAAAGUCGAGUUGAUAUAAAAUGUAUGAAUGUUUUGGGAAUCAUCAACACUUACCCAGACCGUUGAAGCUCAAUUUAUCUUGGCUGCUUAGGUGCCAUUGGCUCUGUUGCAUUGGAUGCAAAAUACACUAAACUAACUCAAAGAUAUGGUCUUUUGGAGUACUUUCUGCUAUAAUCUGAUAUUUCAAAAUCCAGUUUCCAUCUUGCGAACUCCACAGAAAUAUAUGAAAUUGAACUAAAGAUAUCUCUGCAAAGUUUUUCAGUGCCUAGGAUUGAGUUGGCUGAAAAUGCAUCCACGUUCUGAAUAAUUUAUUCGUGUUUAGCUUGGCUUGCUUCUAGUGAGUACGCCACAGAUUUUAGAGCUAUACUAAUUAAAGUUUUUUUGUUUUUUUUUACAUGACAUGUAAAACUGCUUUUUCUCUAAAAAUUGCUUUUUUACCCCACUAAACACUAGUGACGUAUUUAGUGGGGAGAGGAUCGCAGGAGAUGUAAGUAUUGAACACCUCUGUAGGACUUAUAGCUAUAUGCUCUUGUUCUGCCAGGACAACCAUUUAUAUAAUGUAGAUUAAAAAAAGACAAAAAAAAAACCUAAUAAUUAAAAAAAAAAACCCUCAUAAAUUACUUUUAAAAGAUAUUGGGCUGGGCAAAAAAGUAAAUAAGUGACAUUUCCAAAUUAUAUAUAUAUAUAUAUAUAUAUAUAUAUAUAUAUAUAUAUAUAUAACUCCUGUUAUAAUAAUUACAGUUGCAAGAAAAAGUAUGUGAACCCUUUGGAAUGAUAUGGAUUUCUGCACAAAUUGAUCAUAAAAUGUGAUCUGAUCAUCAUCUAAGUCACAACAAUAGACAAUCACAGUCUGCUUAAACUAAUAACACACAAAGAAUGAAAUGUUGCCAUGUUUUUAUUGAACACACCAUGUAAACAUUCACAGUGCAGGUGGAAAAGGUAUGUGAACCCCUAGACUAAUGACAUCUCCAAGAGCUGAUUGGAGUGAGAUGUCAGCCAACUGGAGUCCAAUCACAUACUUUUUCUUGCAACUGUAUCUUUAUUUGUGUUUUUUUGGCAGGAUGCAGGAUGUAGUUUUAGUAUUUAUACAUGCAUGUUACACUUUUCACAUGCAGUUUUUAUUGUCAUUUCCUUGUCAGUUGUCUGCACACAAUUAAUAGACAAAACAACAUUUGUGGGUUUAUUCAGUAAAUUUAGAAAUGUUGCAAAUUGAAAUCCGAAUGGCGGAAAAGUUGCUUUGGAAAAAUCUUUCAACACAGCAAUAGUCAGAAAUCAGAUAUUAUUGUGUAAAUUUUGCCAUUUAUGUUUUCAAUUCACUACAAAUCAGAGUUUAGUGAAUAAUGCCCUUGAUGUUGAGAAAACGGAAUGCUCAACUAAAUCUUUUAUUAGAAUUUGUUUUUAUAUUUGAAUGUGGGGGGAAAAAUAAUCUAUGUUAUUUAGACAUUUUUAAUGAAGAGUUGAUAAAGUGAUUUAAAGAAAUCAAAGAAAUUAUUUAGAGCACAUAUUUUACAAGAUGCUCUAAAUUAUGUUUUUGGCAGACAGAAGGAGGAAUACCUCCUUGUUAUCAAUAGGUUAAUUAUUUGCUGUUUGAAGAGGCCUUUACAAUUUGAUGAAUAAGAUCCCAUUAUUUGAGGAUAUAGCAAACAACGGUUUGACUCAACAAAUGACCUUCUUCAAGCAUACAUGGUCCUUUCUGAUAUACUCAAACAAACACAUUAAGAAAACAAUAAAGAUGCCUCAAGCUGUAGUUUUCCCAGUAUAACCAUACAGUUGAUAGUGAAUAGUCUAGUAUUUGCAACAUAAAUAUCUGUUGCUAAGUAGGACUGUGGCAUUUGACCUCUUUUUUGAACCUACGUUUAGUUUAUCUUUCUAUUUAAAUUCCUGCUUAAAGGGUCUUUUGAGACAGUUCUUUCUGAACCACGUUCUUUGUCGUGAGAACCAGUUAGCAGAACAUUAGAUGAUAGUUGUUGUAUUGUUGUCCUUCUAAUGGGUGUGUAGUUUACAAUCCAUUUAGCUUGACAUAUCUGGUGAGUUAUAAUUGAUGUAUCUGAAUUAGUUAAGUGAUAAAUAAAUUCCCAUUUAAGAUUCAUCUUGUAGACGUAAUAUUACCAUAAUACUGGAAAGUGGCUGAUAGAGAAUAUUGAGUGUGAGUAGAUUUUAAUGUCAAGUGCUUUGUGAGUUUCAGUUAAAAUAUUCUGUACUCUCAGACUUUGGCAGGAACAGAUGCAAGAGUUGCGGGUAGGGGACUUCAUAUAUUUUAUAUUAAGGAUAAACAAAUGUGAGCCUUUUAAAACUAGUGGAUACUGAUGAUACCGGGGAAUGUAAGUCCCAAUAUGUUGGUGGUUGCAGUCCACAUUGUCUUGCUGGUGACAAAAAUCCCUUAUUUAGCACAAGUCACCCAAAUCUUGUGCGCACCAUAUAACAUGAGUAGUGACAUAAUAAUUACAUCUUUAUGAAGGAUGCUGUGCUGUACGCAUGUGGCUCUGCUACAGCGUCGCUUGACCCAAGUUCAUGUUUUAGGUUGCACCUCUUUGACUGUUUGACCUUUUGUAAUGGACACUGUAUAUUUCAUAGGAAUGCUGCAUAAAAUAUUGGAUGAAUGUAAAUUACAUAUACAUAUAUAUAUUUUAGCUCGGUUCAUAUCUUUUGUACUAUUGUAUAUAGUUAUAAAGAAUAAUAUUGGUAUCACCACGGUUUUAUUUAAAAGCAAUUUACAGUAGGAUCUGUAAUCCCAUUACCAUAGAAAUUGUUACUGUCAGUUAAUAAUAGUAAAUAUGCCACGUGUUAUUCAGAUUCUUAGUGCCAAGUUGAUGUCUUCAUAACAAUCGGUUCAUCCUUUGUUUUAUAUUUUAUCAGCAGACGCAGUCAGCCACCAGAUGGAGGAAGCAUUUGAAUCUGUGUUUUCAACUCAAAUUCCUAGUGAAGAUUUUGAUGAUUUUGAAGAGACCAUACAAGGUAGAUUGAUGGACUUGUACAUGAUCCAUUUCUAAAAAAGUAACCUGAUCCAUUUUUUUUUCAGAAAAGUAACCUGAACGAUUGUAUAUUUUACAACACUAAACGCAAACAUAAUCACAAAAUGAUAUAGUCAGUAUUGCCUAAAUGACUUCAAAAAACACGCUUGAUAAACUUUUCCUUAUCAAAGGCACUAUUUCUUUAACAUUUUUUCAGAAUUCAAGACUUUUAGUUUCACCGCACUUUGUAAAAAAAAUCAUUUUAAACCUCUCAAUGUACUAAUCAGUUUGCUUUUGAAACGAGAAGAAACGUAUAUUUGAUUUUAAUGGUUAGCAAGAUGUGUGUAUCUUCGUGAAAGCUAUUGAAACAUCUGUCAAAUGAUUCUGAAAGCAAUGAUUAAUAGCAUUUUAUCAGUGUUUGGACCUGUUGCCAAAUUUUCAUUUUUGCACAUGCCCACAAAAUAUGGCCCGUAGUACCCACCGGUUGGCUACCACCUAUAGUUGACUUUAUAAUUGAUUUCUAUAUGGAAGUAGAUUUGCCAAUGUUCAGGCUGUAAGUUAUUGCUAUUAGUUAGUAAGUUAUGUGCUAUUUAUUUUGAUAAUUCUCACAUUGUUGAAUAAAAUUAUCUGAUUGCUUUCAAGCUAAACACUUUAUGUGUAACCGUUAGCAACAUGUUUUCUUAGUUUAUUUUGAGGAUGUAAGUUUAAAAGCAGAAAUAAAUAAGAAUCCUUUGGGACUUAAGAAAGGAGGUCAGUUUAUAAUAUGAGAAGAAAAUUGAUGAAUCAAGUGUGCCAAAAGUGUGUUCCAUGUAUUUAAAGGAGAAUAUUGUCGCUCUAGAAUUCACGGAGUAUUAAAUGUGGUAAAUCCUCUAUUGGGGUUGCUUCUGACAGUACUGAGGAUAGUCAUUGAUAAUAUGAUUUACUUGAAAUAGUAUAAACCUGGCUGAUAUUAAGGAUAGUAAAUGAGUAUUGAAUUUGAAUUAUAUUUCAAUUUUAAUAAGAUAUUUUGUAGUUUUCUGUCAUUGGCUUUAAGUGUGUUGGUGGUUUGGAAUUAGCAUUCAUUAUAAUCUAAUCUAGUUUUUACUCUCACUUUUUUAAUAUAAUAUAUUUGUAACUAAAUUAUCUUUGUUCAGAGGUCUUGGCUCAUUUGUGUUUCUUUAUUUAGAUGAAGUGUCUGACAUCAAAGCAAGUGACACAUUUACCAUUGAAACAAGUCAUGAAACAAACGAAAAGAAAACUCACAGCCAUAAGAAGGGAACAAAUUUUAUUCAAAGAAAUAUAGAGGUAGGUGUAAAAGGUAAAUUAUAAGGUUAGUGACUUUUAUGCAAAAUGUAGGUGGACUGAGAGGUCCAACAUUGGUCCAAGGACCAAAGGCAAUGGUAAUUGUAAAUUUGACUAUGUAACGUGUGCCUGAGUGAGUCAGUAGACUACACAUAUACCUUGCUUCAUUCCUACUCCCACACUGUCCACUUUUUCAUUUGCAAAGAUAGCCCUUACAGACAGUCAGACAGGAUUUGUCUGUCAUUCCAUUUCUCCUAGCAGCUACCUUCUCUGUCUUACUACCGAAACUCCAUAUCAAGGUAAGAAUAACAACCCUACACGCAGUGCCUAAACCUAUAAUAUCCAAGGAGAGAAACAAAGGAUAUCAGUAUAUUGAUAGACAUUAGAGUGGCCGGGCUUAAUGCAGUGCCUAUAGUAGGCAAAAUAGUAAAGGCAAGAAACAAAGCAAGGUCAGGGAUUCCAGUGGUACACAAUGAGAACGAGAAGCAAAGCCAGGUCGAAGAAUAUGGAUAACAGAGCAGUCGGACAAGCCAAGUCGGGAAACCAGAAUAUCAGAGUAAGGAAUGUACAAUUGGCAUCACAAGGAAACCACAACAUGGCACUGAAGAGUUGUAAAGCUCAAGUACUUAUAUGCCUGGGGUGUUUCCUUGAUAGCCACUCCCCCCAAAACUUGAGUGUGGGUCAACAAUUGCGUGAUUUUGUGUUGAUGAUGUCAUGAUGUGGGUGUGGCAGAGCUACAGUGUUUGGUUUCAGUAACACUGGCAGAGGUGUCUCAGGGAUUAAAAUUGAUGUAGUGCCUACUUGGGGAGGUAGCAGCACCAUGUAAGUGGUGUAGUGAAGGGUAUGUAUCCUUACACCCUAACUCAGACACCAAUCUAUUACGCUUAGGUCUAGUAGGUCUACUAAGUCAGUCAGUAGACUCCGUAUCAGCAGUGACAGUCCACCUGCUGUACUACCAGAGCCAGAUCUCAGAUACAGCCAGCAUGGAGGUUGUCACACCUUGUAACAAGAGGUCAGAAAAUAAUUUUUGUGCGUAGGAUAAUUCUACACAAUAGAAUCUAUGUUGAACAUAACAGUGCAGUUUAUUUAAAGAAAUCAGAAUAGAAAAAAUAAAUAAAACUGGAAACCUGUAUAAUAGCAGAAGGGCUUAAAAUUUGCAGUCCUAUGCCAGGCUUUAAAAGUUACUCACCACUGCAAACCAUAGCAUACUCUCCAGGGGGGAAUUUCUACUCACCAUCGAUACAUUUUUACUCGUCAAUGGCUAGUGGUCAAUAGCAGUAUUCAUAACAAACAAAUUACAUUAAGCAAUUUAAGAUAAAACACAGAAGGAUUAUAUCCAGGAGUAAAACACAGAGCUGAAUGUAAUGCAAUGGCUCUGGGUCCUUUGAUUCAAAUGCAGAAUUUAAAUUUCUUAUAUACAAAGUCAAGUAAAUGACAGCUAUAGGGGAACAGGUGAAAGCUCUACCUGUUGGUAGUUAUGAAACCUUUUAUUCUGCAGAUGGGGGCUAUUAUAAUAAUAAUAAUAAUAAAAAAAACAUUAUUAGUGGUGUUGGGAAUUUUAGAUAUUAUUUGGCCAUUUUUGAGGCCAAAUUAUCUGCUCUGUCCACCCCCACUAUUUAUUUUAAAUUCCUCCAGCCAAUCCCCACAGGUAAGGGCAUGCAGCCCAGUCACUAGUUUAAAUUAUUUUAGCAGAUAUAUAACAGGUGAGGCAAAGGGAGGGUUUAAACCUCCUUUAUAGUAAUAUUGGGGUCUUAUUCAAACCUAUAGUUUAUUUUUUAAAUGUAUGUGGCAGCUAGGCAAGUUUUAUUAUUUCAAAUACAAAAAGAAAAGUCCUGCGCUCACUCCCAUCACUCCUGGGCGGCAGCAACGACCACAGUACACAUCAGCUCCAAUACAUAUAGUAAAAAAGCUACCUGCGCUCUCUCCUUAAUCCCUAUGUAUAUUUAAACAAAUGGAGGUCAUUUAGUUACUCCAAUGGCCACUGGAGGGAAUGCCCGCCUGCCAACGUCAAGGCAGACCCCCCUAGACGGGUCCUACUCUGACCAUUCAUCUUGUUUCCUUGAGCUUCUGGCAAAGCUCAAUGAUGCAGAAAGGGGUAUUUUUUUAUAUACACCCCUAUAUACUUAUUAACCCUUAAUAGGGAGCACAUGGGAUGGUCGGUUUUAUUAUUUGCCCAUUGGCUGCUGGCAUGCCAGUGAGCAAAUAGUUCUGAUUCUAUUCAUCCCGAAUUUCAGCUGUGCAGCAGAGCUUGGUCCAGCUGAAAUCCACACCAAGUCUGUAUUUUGCAGUCUGAAUGGACCUUGUAUGUAGGCUUUGCCCCAUUUGGAUAUUAGUGCAAAUCCCUGGGUGACUUUGCCAUAUAGGAAUGGACUUGCAGGUGACAUAUCUAAAUGGUAAUAUAAAAUUACUUGGAAAGAAGAAAAUAGCAAAUAGAAGAAAUGAGAAAACUGAGUAUGAAAUAAGUAUAGUAGUAUAAGAGAAGUAAGAAAGAAAAGCAUACAAAGCCAUAAAACAUAGCAGUAGUGAGUGACCAGUUGGAUGUCUUAGAUGGGAGGUGAUGGUAAGUAUUUAUGGAACAUCCCCAUCCCCCAAAUAUUGGCCAAUUAAUAAAUUAGCUUUCACAUAAAAUAAUAAGCAUUUGGCAUGUCUGAAGUGGACAAAAAUAAUUAUGUAUAUGUGCAGAUCAGGGAGUAUGAAUGUGUACUGUAUACAGAUCAUUAAAUAUGUGCAUGUGAUAUAUACAUGUACUUCAAGGAAGAUGUGUCCAUGAUGUAUGCAUGUAUAUUGUACUAUAACCAUACAGACAAUGGAACAAUACUUGUACAGUAACAUAAGACUAGAGGGCUAGAUGUAAAUCAUAUUUCAAUUGGUGCUAUUGUAUUAUCCAUGUAAUAAUAAAAAUAACCACCAGAUGGAGACAAAGUAUAACCUCCUGGCUGUUAGACGGCUAAACUACUCUUUCAACUGAUGAACACUGACUAUUGAAGGGUGGCAGUCCCAAAUAUAAUAUGUUCUUGGUGGACUAUAAUGCCAUAAUGAGCCAGCCAGCCUGAAGGGCCAUACUGGUGGUAAGUGAGAACCUUGAUCAGGUUUUGCCAUAUAGAAUAAAUCAUGUCUACAUCACCAGUUCCCCUGCUAUGAUAUAUUCAGCCAGAAUAUGAUGGUUCGCUGUAGCAAGAUGUAGACCCACAUUUUUUUUAUAUAACUGGGACUGUGUCUGAAUUUGCCCAUCAGAUGAAUUCUGCCAGUGUAUACUGAUGGUUGGAGUGAAGGAAGUCUCUCCCUCCAAGCACACUGCAGGAACCCUGCAGCAUAAACCAAAGUAACUGGGACCGGCAGUACCCGUAUGCUACAUGUAUGUUGAUAUGACUGCUGACAUUUUUGAUUAAUGUCAUAUUCUGUGAUAUGUAUUACAUUGGAAGGUUGACCAAUUUCAGGCUAUAGCACCGCUCUGUCACGGGAGCCUUAUUUCAGGGACCUGCUAUUAUUAUUAUUUGUAAUACACCAACAAAUUCUACAGUCCUGUACAAUGCGUGGACUAACAGACAUGUAUUUGUAACCAGAUGAGUAGGACACAUAGGAAGAGAGAGGGUUGAGGACCCUGCUCAAAUGAGCUAACAUUCUAGAGGUUAAAACCUUGAUUCAUCGAGAGUUCCCCUUUCCCCUUGCAACACAGAUUGAACAUAAACUGAGGGUUACUUAGACUUAAGUCUUGAACUGGUUAUUAUAAUCACAGAUCACAUUUUAAAUGAAAAAGUAUACAAAGCUUAGCAGUAUGUAUAGACAGACAUAGUUAUAAAUAUUAGUAAAAAUUAUUUAAACUUGAUAAAGGACGGAAUUAUAAACUUGUAAGUUUAUAAUUCCAAACUAUAGACAGCGCAAUAAAAAAGAUAUUAUGAAAUACCACAAUUAUCUAUCAUUUACAUGUUUCAGUAUACCUGUCUGUGGCGAAAGCCACUUCGCCACUGGGGUUUGGAAGGAUCUACUUGCCAGCAUUUUACCCUGUGACUAUGGCCCCUUUAAUUUAUUAUGGUUAAAAACCCUAUUUGUACCUAUUAUGACUUUGGACAAUAAUUCUUCGAACUUUCAAACUGGUUCGCAGUGGAACUUUGAAACACCGAACAGCCGGACCACACGCAAGUGGAGUGUGCAGCCUAUUUACCUCCCAGACUGGUAGUUAACCGCAGCCAAAUUGACGAACGGCUGGGUGGUCGCCGUUCCUAUAGUCAAACACGUGGCAGCUAUCUUGUUUAGUCGAACGUGUUCAGCGGUGUUUUGUCAUCAGGUUCAUGGAACUCAAAUUGGACACGCGACGGCAUGAACACCACUGAACAGUUACCUUCCAUGGAACUUCGGCUAUUCGAACGGGAGUUGAACGGCUACUUUCGGUAAUUCGAACGGUAUUUCAACUAUUUGAAAUAGAACGGCCGCACAGCCUGAUUCUCUGGAACGGUUUUGGGCAUGAAACCAUGCGUGCGGUCGGUCAAAAAGAGACUUCCAGGAAUUUCCUGAACCCCUGCUCUGAUCUGGCUGAUGUUUGGAUAUGUUGUUCACCCAGAUCAGGGCUAUCAGGGGAUGUAACAUUUAUGGGGAUAUGUUGUGCUUUGGGGUACUUUUCAUACUAUAUAAAAAUGUGUGUUUUUCUGCCUGGAGUUAAUUGAGUUACAUACAGAACUUGACUCAAUUAUCUCCCAGGCUGAGGGGAGGAAUUGUGUGUAAUGUGUGGGAGUGUCACCUACUGUACUGCAUUAUCAUUGGCUUGUAACAAUUGUCAUCCUGUUCCCCACAAGGUCCAGGUGGGUGUUCCCUUGCAUGGGGACUUGCAAAUAAGGCCAGCUGUGGCACCAUUAACCCUCAACACGUAGCUUUUUCUCGUGAUUGGAGGGGAACUGCUAUACUGCUAUUUCACUAGCUCUUAUAAGAGCUAUACAGCUAUACUCUCCUGGAGGAGAGGUCUUUCCCACACGGUCCUGGCUAUCAGAGAUUGGUCCAGGGUGGAAGGAAGAUGGCGAGAUCCCAGCUAAGCUACGGCGAUUGUGGAGUUUGCGGUGCUUGUAGUGUACGGUGCAAUGCUUAUGGUCCUCAGCGUCAGCUAAGAAGUAUCGAUUGGCAGAGGUACCCAGUCGAGGUGCCAGGUGUUCUGUCACACUGUCUAUCUUGAAAUUGUGGAAAAUGCAUGGUAUAUAAAUAAAUUGCACUAACGCUGCACAACAGUUUUACUUUGCAAGUAUACAACAUGUCUACUGUUAGUAGAGUCCAGUCAUACAGGUCUUGCAUGUGCUUAAGUAUGGCACCCGAAGCCUGCAUAUAGCUGACAGAGACCCAUUACAUUAUUUAUCCCACAUAAUCUCUUUCAGAGUUAUUCACUAGAGUGAAAAUUGUUGUGAAUUUAAAGUGAAUGUCAUAUUUCAAAGUCAAAAUAGCUAAACCAGAAAAAUUUGUCAGGUCAGCUAUACUUCCAAUUUAGCAAUUUUUGCCUAAUUUUAAAUCCCCCAAAAUGUUCACUGUAGUGAAAGAGGAAUCUUUGUUUUUUAAAAUGAAAACUACAAAGUUACACACACAAGUCAGAAGGUACCAUUUAUAAUGAAGACAUUCAGAUGUGUAACUAGAAACCACCGAGCUCCGGUGCGAAAAUUGCCCUGCCCUCCCCUCCCCUCCCCCCAUGUGUCUUAUUCCCUCCUUCCCAGUCCCUACAUAUGUCUCAUUCCCCAGCUCCUCCAUGUGUUUUAUUUUUCCCCCAGCUCCCUCCAUGUGUCUCCCAUUCCCCAGCCCUCCAUGUGUCUCAUUCCCCAGCCCCCUCAGUGUUCCAUUCCCCAGCCCCUCAAUGUGUCUCAUUCCCCCAGCCCUUCCAUGUGUCUCAUUUCCCCCCAGCCCCUCCAUGUGUCUCAUACCCUCCCCAUAGCUCCUUCAUGUGUCUCAUUCCCUCCCUCCACAGCCUCUCCAUUUAUCUCAUUCCCCUCUCUCACCACCGAGCCCCCUCUUUGUCUCUGUCCCUCUCACACCCUCUAGCCCCUCCAUUUGUCUCAUUCCUUCUCUCACACCCCUGUAUUUGUCUCAUUCCCUCUAGCCUCUUCCCUCCUGUACCUUCUGGCUUUGUGUAGCUUUGCUGAGCACUACCCAAGCUGACAGGAAGUGCUCUCUCAGUGAGCACUUCAUGUAAAACUGCGAUCCGCUCAGUCACGCUACUCAAAGAGAGCGACAGGAGGGGAGCAACACAGGAUGGCGCUCCCCUCCUGCCGUUAACCAGACAACAACGGACUGAGGUGCCGGUGCUGCUGUGCACCGACCCUGAAGUUGUGGUGGCCCAUGGUCGCAAGGAUCACAGCUGCGGCCAGGUGCCCUGGAGUAAUGGGCUCGGUCGCAGCUGCGACCCCUGCGACCCCUGCGACCAUGGUAGUUACGCCACUAAUGACAUUUUACGCAUGAAGAACAUGUACGAGUUCGAUGCACAUGUGCACCACACUCUGACAGAAAGUGGUUACAUGUCUGCACAGCUGCAUUUUACCUUUUAAUUUUUUCCAACUUGGUGGUUUGAUUAGGGUUGCCAGACCCACCACAUUUUCCUGGUCGUAUUGCCAUGCAGUACAUAUAAUUCAUAUUCUGCAGUUUUUCUCAGUUAUUAAUGACUUGUUCCACCUUUUGGUCUUUUUUAGUGUCAUUUUUUGAAACCCUUUGCCCUUCUUGCCCUAAGACAUGCUUUUGUCCCUUUGCACGCAUGUUUGUGAAUUCAAGAUACACACAAAAUAGCCAUAAUACUAAUAAUAAAAAUUAAAUUAGCUGCACAUGUAAAAAAACAGAAUAAAUAAUGAAAUUAUAAUUUACUUUCUAGCACCCUCAGCAGCUACAAAUUAUUUUUAAUACAUUUUAUGACUUACACAAUUUCAUCCCUCAUAUGUCUGCACUUUUUAUAUAAACAAGGUAGAAAAUGUUUAAUAUCUGAAAAUGAAAGAAUACCUAUCUCAGAAUGGAACCUUUAGCCCGUACGUGGUCUAUUGGAAAUAUUAAUGUCAUUGUUCAUUAAUGUCAUUUGUUCAAAGCUUGCAAAGGAAGCUGGGUCCAGCUUACUUCUUAUGGAAGACGAGCAGUUACGUUUGGAGCAACUUCUUGCAGAUAUUGACAUUGACUGCGACGAGGAAGACACUAAAGUAAGUAUUAUAAAGAAUGUUUCUUAUAGUUUUACAUAAUGCAGAACUGUUACAUGUAAGCUUCUAAUCUAAAUGAUAGCUGUGUUUUGCAAUUUAACAAGAAAAAAAUAAUAAAAGCUUUAUAAAAUGUUUUUAAUUUAAAUAAUAUGCACAUCUGUCCAGGCACUAGUUGCUGCUCAAUCGAACUUGGCUGCUGGUGCAGUUUCCCUGUGUGAAACUGCAGCAGGAGGCAAGUUAGAAUGAGAAGCAGUUGAUCAGAUAACAGAAGAACUUGUCCAGACAUUCUCAAAAAAAACCAAUAUACAUCAUUGAAAAAAAAUCAUUAAAAGACCACUCCAAACCCAUAAAGCACUUCAGCUUGCUGAAGUGCUUCAUGGCUGAGGAGCAUCCCAUAAUAAUGAGAGUUGAUAAAAUAGCUGAUUUGUAAUAGAAUAAUAAUGAAUGAAAUACUCCUUCAGCAUCCAGUGAGGUUUCUUCCUGCUUCCGUUAGCACACCUGAGCCAAUGGAUGUGGCAGACGUGGUCUACUUGCUCGUGCCUGCCCCUCCCCUGCACACCUCAGGCCUUACACGAGUAUCCAGACCUCAGAUUAGUAUGCUGCUCAUGAGUGCGCGCAAGUGCACGGAGGGAGCCCUUCAGAGGCUUCUCAAUAAGAAGCCUUAGAUUUAUUAUUUCCCCUGUAAAGAGACAUAGUCUCCUUCAGGGAAAAAGGGGAGUGCUUACAAUGGCUGUAGUUCAUAAGGAAACUGUUUCAGGAUAUACCCCCAAUGAAUACAUGCAUGAAACAGUGAUUUCUAAUUUUUCUUUCUAGUAUGGGCAGAGGAGUUUUCCUUUAAGUUUCAUUAAAUGUAAUAAAUGUACAAAAUCAGAAGUGAAAGUUUGAUGACAGUUAUCCUUUAAAUAAUGACUCCCACAAUAAGGCAGGAAAUCUACUUUUGCAAAGUGUGAAGUGUCUUGUGCAACCAUCUUCUGUCAUACUUUUAUAUGCCCCCUUUUAUGCUGCAAAUUACUAUUGAGUUGCAAAGCCCUCUUUCUGUUAAAUCUAUAUUAGGUCCAAAGCUCUAUAGUUUGAUUGAACGUUGCAUAGUAAUAUUGCUUACAUAAUGGUGCACAGACUGCAAUCAAAUUAAUAUUAAUUUAAAAUACUUGUAUUGUUAAAAACAACUAAUUCUAAUUCUGAUUAAAAUAUCUGGAUCAAUAAAAAACAGAAAUCUAAAAGAACUAGCAUUAUAUAUUCACAAAGAAUUGUUUCCACUCAGCACUCAAUGCUGUAAACUUCACUUACCCCAAAAAAGUAUUGCAAAUACAUUUCCAGAAACUGAAACACAUCUUAUUGAUUAAGCAAGACAAAUAUGGUUUGUAAGCAGAGUGUGCAGAUCUACUUAGAUUUCGUUUGAAUUUUCAAUGAAUAUGCAUGUCAAGGAAUAUUAUAAUUGUAAAUACUACCCAAGAAACAUUUUAAUAUUAUGUGAAAUGAAGAGACAUGUCAACAAUAAUGAAUGCGAGUAAGAUGUACGGAGUCUUUUUUUCACUCUGCAUACACAGACUACUGACUAUUGUGUAGUACAGUGAAGAAUAACCGUUGAGGAGCAGUUUUCCUUAGGUUAACUCUGGUUAAUGGGUUUAGCAAAAGGGUAAUUUAAUUAGCUUGUUCCUGAAAUUCCCCAGAGUUGGCAACAUGCUUCUGUGAGAAGCCAGAUCACCUCCUUGGCAUAUUUGAUGGAAUGGGCACUCACAGAAGCUCAAAUCAGCACUGCCUUACAUGCUAUAUGCCUUCAUAGCCCUAAAGUUCCCUGUUUUUUCCAGAGAUUCUACUACCAUGCCCAGCUGUAUCCAACUGAAGUAAUAGGUUAACUAUUUUAUUUCUAAGUUUAAUGGACACCCAUUAGUUUGUUUGAUCUUCCUCAUGGUUUAUUUUAAUGCAGCAGCUCCACAUGUUCAUACUGUAAUGAUACUCGUCUGCAUACCCCAUGGGUCUCGCAUUCUUUUAUAUUUUGUCCUUUAUUUUCCAAUGCCAAUAGCUUAGUGUCAAGUGACACUGAACUAUGCCGUUUGUUAAGUGAUACUAUCUGUUAGCAAUAUCGCCUUAUCCCCGAAUUAGUUGUAUGGUUUAUGUUUACGCUGUGAAAAAUGUGGUUUCUGUUGCAUGAAUGCAAGCUUCUGUGUUUAUACAUUGUAAUCUGCACAAAAAUAUCUAUAUAUUAAAAAUAUAUAUAUAAUUCCUGACCACUUUAAAAUACAACAGAUGGAUUUUUAAUAUUAUGUUUACUUAUCCUUUUACUGAACGCAUAUGUAUUUGUGAGUUUUUAAAAAUAAAAUCAAACAUAGAAAUACACAGCUCUUUAUCCUGCAUCUGGUCGCCUCCAUGAUAGCUCUCUGUUAUUCAUUGUUAUAAGCUAUGUCUUCUGCACCUGGCACUAAGCAUAGAGAAAGCAUACACAGAAGAAUAGAAAUUAAACAAUGUUUGCUCUGAAAGGGCAAGCCAUCCCAGAGGAACUUAAUAACCUUUCUAUUUACACUGUCCCUGCAUAAUCUUUGACAUGACUGUGGGAAAAACUAAAUUUUUUAAAUUUUUUAAGGGAAAUAUGUCCAUAUACCUAGUACCUAGAGAAGGCUUCACAGCAGAUUCCGAAGAAUGUGAGCAUCUUUCAAUAAUAGAGACAAAGCUACUGAAGUUCCACUACGUUGAAGAGCCCUGCGAAUCCAGUGAACAUGUAUGUAUAUAUGUGAAUUAUAUGGAAAAUGUGUACAUACACAGUGAGCAGCACAUGAUCAUAGCGAGAAUCUUGAUAAAUUAAAGUGAGCUGAUAUGUAUUCUGUAUUCAUAUUGAUUGCAUUAUAAAACCAUAUAUUUUAAGUGAAAGCAGUUACCAUGAUGGUAACAAGCAAAAGAAUGAGAUAUGAAAACAUAGAGAGGAGGUUUUUGUUUUGUUUUUUUUGCUGUCUCAUGGAUGGGACCAGUUAAAUAUGCUUGUGGAAAUGUUUCCUCUGUAGUAUUGUGAGUGAGUACACCUUGUUUGAGAUGCCAUUUAGAUGAUGAUAUUGUGUAUGAGAGUGAUGAUAGAUGUUUUUGAGUCUGCCUUCCUAGUUUUCUGGAAAUAGUACUUACCCACUUCUUUUUCAUUCUCUCUAUAUCAUGUCCCACUUCCCACCAACUAUAUCAGUCCCCACUAACCACCCUUGUCUUCCCUCAAAAUAAGUAAGUUCUAUUCUGCACUUACAGUUCCUCUAUGAUUAAUAUUUGCUUCCUUCCUUAUUCACUCUUUACAUUGUUUCCAAAAAAAUGUAAUCAGCUAAGAAUGUCUAAAACGGUGCUGACCAUCUAUGUGUCCUUCAGAAUUAAUGGGGAUCCUAUAGGCAGAUGCAGAAUGGCCUAGAGAUAUACCAUUGGACCAGUGGUCUCCAUCCGUAUUACCCUUUACUAUUAGAAUGAUGCCAUGUGCAACUAAGUAUAAUAAGAUCGGAUUGUCUGGGACAAGGUUUGGCAAGAACAAAGGAGACAAUAUUGUCCUACAUCAAUUAUGGUAAACCUAUAACAUGCAUGCCAGCUCUUCAAUAAACUCUAAGACGCUAUUCUGCUAAUGUGAAUCACCAAAGUGAUAAUAAAUAAGUGAAUACAAACUGGAUUAUGUUGAUAUAUUCUAGAUUCAGAAUUACAUCUGUAAAAAAUACACAAACAAUAUAUAGUGUGAUAUUGUUAAAGCCACUUAGAAAUUGAAAGUGGUAGAGAACUCACAAAAAUGGGAUGAGAUCAGGCAUAUCUCCCUCUGUAUUAGGGGACUGGAGAAUGUGAAGGACCUCCAGCGAUGAAUCCAAUUUUAUAAUGGCAAAUCUUCUAAUUCACUCCAAAUGGAAGGAAAGAAGAAAUAGAUAGUGCAGGUUAUAUAAAGAGUAACAAUUUAUUACAUAUAUUGCACUUACAAUGUAUCAGAAUAAAAACAGCUUGUCUCCACACUGGGUGGUAUCCACUUGUAACAGCUGAGCCAAUCAAGAUACAGGAUCUGGAGCAGUUAUAGCAGCAACCAAACAAUAUAAGUUCAUAUGAACAGUACAAAAACUAAAUAAAAACAGUUCCAACGCGUUUCGUCCUUCUCUGGACUUCCUCAGGGAUGUGUAGCUGUGAUGGGAUUGGGCUAUAUAAGAAGAUUCCCAAUCCCAUCACAGCUACACAAGAGAAUAAUAUCCAUGAUUAGUAAAGCAAUCCAAAUGACUGGACGACACACAGCAUCAGGAGCAGAACUGAACUGAGGUUUAAUUUCACAUGCCUGCUUUUAACCCCUUAAGGACACAUGACAUGUGUGACAUGUCAUGAUUCCCUUUUAUUACAGACUUUUGGUCCUUAAGGUGUUAAGCAAUUCUCCCAUGCAAGGGAGACACCCACAGUAAUUAUUACAGUAACCAAUAAAAUACAUGUUACCUCCCACACAUCUCCUCCCCUCAGCAUGACACAUAAUCCAAAUAAUCCAUGUACAGUAUUUCCCCAGUUCCUGGAUGUACCCCAAAUACAUAGGAUACACUUUUAUAUAGAGGAUCCCCUGGUAGCCCUGAUCUGGGUGAGUAACAUACUCAAAAAUCACCCAGAUCGGACCAGGGGUUCUUGAGUUAUUGAAGAGUACAGUUUUGACCGACCGCACAGGUAACAGUAGCCGAAAAUAGUUCCAUAAGGUUUGGCCUUGCGGUCGGUCUCGGUUCGUGGAUAUAAACGGAUGAAAAUACCGAAUGAAAUGGCUGUUGCUUGCCUUCAUGUGAAUUCCCUUGUUCGGAUAAGUCUUUCUACCGAAUGGCUGCUCGUUCGGUUGUUUCCGCACGAAGAUAUGGAAGUCUGGAGUUCUCAGCGGUGUUUGCUUAGUCGAGUGUCCGAUUUGGGUUCCAGACACUCGACGACCAAAUAUCGCUGUUCGGGAGUUAAGAUGGCCGCCGCCACGUAUUCGUAUCCCGAAUGGCGGCCACCCAUAGAACAAAGUACCAAUUGCCAAUUAGGGGUUUGCAACAUUGUUGUGAACAGUAAUAAGAGGCACACUUAUCCCUGGGGUGGUCUGAUUGUUCGGUAGUUUCACUUGUACAAUAAACGGAGGGAUUUUACCGAACAAUCAGACGAAUGCUGCAUUCAAGGUGAAUACAUAAAACAAGCAAUAUACGAAAGCAUAUUAAACACACACAUUUUGAGGAAUAUUUUACCUGCAAGUAUACAUUGAGUUUUCUCUAUUGCUCAAGUAUGUCCUACAACUGGAUAUGGACUGCUAUAAGCCAAAGAACACGAUGGACUCUUGCUUACUAUGCCUCUCUAGUCUCUUACCAGGUUGUACCUCACUAACAAGUUUAACGAAAUACAGGAAAGCAUACAGAGAGGCUUUUUCACUAUUUUAUUGGAUAUGACCAAUAAUGGCCUAAGUAAACUAAAACUUAUUUGAAAAGAUUCCAGGUAUUUAAGUUUAUGUAAGCAAUCUUAGAUAACGUGUUUGCAGAGUUGGCAGAAAAGUAGCGUUUGUGGGAGUUUGAUCAGUCCAGUAGAUGAAUGGAAUGCUGACUCUUUCAUCACUGAGAAAGAUUGUGUUUACGAGAUACAACCUGCUUUUUUUGGAGUCCUUUCCUUUUCUUCUGAAAAAAAAAAAGAUAUUCUUUAUCCAGUUGGAAUCCCUGUUAAGUCAUGGGGAAGACAGAAUUAUAUUAAGAAAUAAAUCAUUUGUAAAAUAACUUAAUUUAAUUUAAUUUUUAAUUUAUCAUUUUACAAUUGUAGACAUAAUCUAUACAUUUGUAAAUUUUAGAACAAUGUCUGGAUUUUAUAGUCUGAAUGCCUCCAGAUGGUCCCGCAUUAUUUUUGUUAAUCUGUACUAAGGCUAUUCGGUCCAUCAUGAAUAAUACAUAUGGUGUACAUGGAGAAAUAUUGUCUCCUGUAGUGAUUAUAGAAUGUGAAGCAUAGAAACAUAGCAUGUGAUGGCAGAUACUAACCAUUCAGCCUAUGUAAUCUGCCCAAUUUCUAAAUUCUUUUAUUAGUCCCUGGCCUUAUCUUAUAUGUAGGCUAGCCUUAUUCAACGCAUGCUUAAACUCCCUCACUGUGUUAACCUCUACAACAUAGUUAAAUAGGCUGAAAAGAGACUUGCGUCCAUCAAGUUUAGCCUUCCUCACAUUUGUUUUUUGCUGUUGAUCAAAAAGAAAGCGAAUGACCCUAGUUUGAAGCACUUCCAAUUUUGCAAUAAACUAGGAAAAAAAAAUCCCUCUUGACCCCAGAAUGGCAGUCAGAUUUAUCCUUGGAUCAAGAAGUGAUUACCCUACAGUUGAAAGAUUAUAUAAUUGAAUAUUCUGUUUUUGCAAGUAUGCAUCUAGUUGCUGUUUAAGCAUCUGUAUGGACUCUGAUAAAACCACUUCUUCAGGCAGAGAAUUCCACAUCCUUAUUGUUCUUACAGUAAAAAAAUCUUUCCUUUGCCAUAGACUAAAUCUUUUUUUCUUCAAGUCUAAACGCAUGACCUUGUGUCCUAUGUAAAGUCCGAUUGGUGAAUAGAUUUCCACACAAUGGUUUGUAUUGGGCCCCAGAUGUAUUUGUAUAACGUUAUUAUAUCCCCUGUGAGACAAAGUUUUUCUGAACUAAAGAGGUUUACAUUUGUUAACCUUUCUUCAUAGCUAAAAUGUUCCAUUCCUUUUAUUAAUUUUGUAGCUCAUCUCUGACCUUUUUUCUAGUGCCAUAAUAUCCUUCUUUAGAAUAGGUGCCCAAAAUUGCACAGCAUAUUCAAGGUGUGGUCUUACCAGCUGGAAGUCUAUUCCAUGCAUCCACUACCCUCUCAGUAAAGUAACAUUUCCUGAUAUUAUUUUCAAACCUUUGCCCCUCUUCUUUUAAAUAUACAUUCCUCCUUUACUGGUUUGAUUCCCUUUAUGUGUUUAAAUGUUAAAUGUCAUAUCCAUCCUGUCUCGUCUUUCCUCCAUACUAUAAAUGUUAAGAUCCUUUAACCUUUCCUGGUAAAUUUUACUCUUCUCUCUUCUACUCAAUCCAUUUAGUAGCCCUUCUCUCCAAAGUAUCAAUAUCCUUCUAAAGAUCUCCAGUACUGCAUACAAUACUCCAAGUGACCAAAUGAUAUGGAUUUCUGCACAAAUUGGUCAUAAAAAGUGAUCUGAUCAUCAUCUAAGUCACAACUAUAGACAAUCACAGUCUGCUUAAACUAAUAACACACAAAGAAUGAAAUGUUGCCAUGUUUUUAUUGAACACACCAGGUAAACAUUCACAGUGCAGGUGGAAAACGUAUGUGAACCCCUAGACUAAUGACAUCUCCAAGAGCUAAUUGGAGUGAGAUGUCAGCCAACUGGAGUCCAAUCAAUGAGAUGAGAUUGGAGGUGUUGGUUACAGCUGCCCUGCCCUAUAAAACACACACCAGUUCUGGGUUUGCUUUUCACAAGAAGCAUUGCCUGAUGUGAAUGAUGCCUCACACAAAAGAGCUCUCAGAAGACCUACGAUUAAGAAUUGUUGACUUGCAUAAAGCUGGAAAGGGUUAUAAAAGUAUAUCCAAAAGCCUUGCUGUUCAUCUGUCCACGGUAAGACAAAUUGUCUAUAAAAUGAGAAAGUUCAGCACUGCGGCUACUCUCCCUAGGAGUGGCCGUCCUGUAAAGAUGACUGCAAGAGCACAGCGCAGACUGCUCAAUGAGGUGAAGAAGAAUCCUAGAGUGUCAGCUAAAGACUUACAAAAGUCACUGGCAAAUGCUAACAUCCCUGUUAGCGAAUCUACAAUACGUAAAACACCAAACAAGAAUGGAUUUCAUGGGAGGAUACCACAGAGGAAGCCACUGUUGUCCAAACAAAACAUUGCUGCACGUUUACAGUUUGCACAAGAGCACCUGGAUGUUCCACAGCAGUACUGGCAAAAUAUUCUGUGGACAGAUGAAACCAAAGUUGAGUUGUUUGGAAGAAACACACAACACUAUGUGUGGCGAAAAAAAUGCACAGCACACCAACAUCAAAACUUCAUCCCAACUGUGAAGUAUGGUGGUGGGGGCAUCAUGGUUUGGGGCUGCUUUGCUGCGUCAGGGCCUGGACGGAUUGCUAUCAUCGAAGGAAAAAUGAAUUCCCAAGUUUAUCAAGACAUUUUACAGGAGAACUUAAGGACAUCUGUCUACCAGCUGAAGCUCAACAGAAGAGUGUUGCAACAGGACAAUGACCCAAAGCAUAGAAGUAAAUCAACAACAGAAUGGCUUAAACAGAAGAAAAUACGCCUUCUGAAGUGGCCCAGUCAGAGUCCUGACCUCAACCCGAUUGAGAUGCUGUGGCAUGACCUCAAGAAAGCGAUUCACACCAGACAUCCUAAGAAUAUUGCUGAACUGAAACAGUUCUGUAAAGAGGAAUGGUCAAGAAUUACUCCUGACCGUUGUGCACGUUUGAUCUGCAACUACAGGAAAUGUUUGGUUGAAGUUAUUGCUGCCAAAGGAGGUUCAACCAGUUAUUAAAUCCAAGGGUUCACAUACUUUUUCCACCUGCACUGUGAAUGCUUACAUGGUGUGUUUAAUAAAAACAUGGCAACAUUUCAUUCUUUGUGUGUUAUUAGUUUAAGCAGACUGUGAUUGUCUAUUGUUGUGACUUAGAUGAUGAUCAGAUCACAUUUUGUGACCAAUUUGUGCAGAAAUCCAUAUCAUUCCAAAGGGUUCACAUACUUUUUCUUGCAACUGUGUGUGUAUGUAUAUAUAUAUAUAUAUAUAUAUAUAUAUAUAUUUAUAUAUAUAUAUUGCAGAAAAAGAAUUUCCUCUUUAGAAAUAUCAGAAAAUGUGACCUGAACUGAGCGCCCACAAAAUAUUGGGAGGGCACAUAACUAGUACAGUGCGCCGUAGUAGUUAUGGUGCCUAGACUGCCCCUUUUAAUCUAGCCAGUGUGUGCAGUAUGUUUGGAAAGAUUGAAACUGUGGUCUAGAUAUUUUUCUCAGACAUCUUGUUUAGGAAAUGUUUUUUCUUUAUUGUGGGAAAAUACCUCAUCAAUGCAUGCUUUAAUUGUAAGGGACCAUUAUUUUAUAAAACAUAUACUGUUGCAGGAUAUUUAUAUGUCAAUACGUAAUUUUCCUUGCCAGAGAUGAGAUGUUUGUUUUUCCAUUCAGCUCUGAACCAUUAUCUACAGAAGAUUCAUGAAAAUCAUAGGUCUAUAUUCUCAAACAAUUACAUGUAUAGUGUACAAUUCUUUUUCCAUUGUAAACAAGAGUUCAUACUUUAUGUGUGUAAAGAAACAGACAAGCACUGAGUGAUUAUAUACAUUUUGAUAUCAUCUUUUCCAUAAGGUAUUGUGAAAGCUUUUGUGUGCUGAUAACAGUAAAUACAUUUGCAGACAUAUUAAUUAGUGGUUUUCAAUGGUGCAUCUGCUUCUAGAUAAUGUUUUACUAGUAACACACACACACACACAAAAAAAAUAUAUACAAGAUCCAGCUCACUCACUCAUUCACUAAACAGCAAUUUCAAGGUACACAGAAUGUAAUAGUUUUAUUUAAAAAAAAACCUUAUCCUGGGCAAAAAUAACAAUGGGGGUUUAGUUACUGUAUAUGAUCAUACAUUGCAUAAGCCUACCACAACGCCAAUGUACCCCAAUCUUGGCAGGUCCUAUACUACCAAAGUAUUGCUUGCUCUUAACUUCACUAUUAUCAGUCUGUGGCCUAGAAGUACAUUUUAGAUUCUAUAUGUUUUUCUUGUUGGUUAUUGGCCAGGCAGUAAGGGACUUUCUUAGACCUCUGACCAUGAUGAAAAACUCAUUUUGCAGAACAUCAUUUUAAAUAGGAUCUGACACACUAGCACUAACAUCAGAGUGUUAUAAAGAACCAACACAUGAAUAAAUUGAAAAGCUUAGAUGCCUACAUAUUUUUUUAAAUCAGACUCCUAGUUGUUUUGUGGAAUUUGGGACAAAAGGAAAUCAUAUGGUAUAACAGUGUAAGCAAAAUCCAAGCAGAUGUUAGGUUUCACAGGCAUACACUAGAGAUGUUUGAGCUGCAUACAAAUUAUAGGUAAUUUUUCUGAAAGGAAGUUAGCACACCCUGAUUCAUGCUGUCCAAGUUAUAUUGAAAGCAGUAAUCUUAGCCUUAUGAGUGUUAUUUUGUAAAGAACACAAGUGUUUUGGAAAAAUGACACAAACGUGCUAUUAGCUCUUACCGCGUACUGCUUAACACAAGAUCUCCGGUUUUAGUAAUCUAGAUUUAUGUCUUUGAGGUUUGACUAUUUUGCACAGACGGCUCCGUAAAUAAAAGUCGGAACAAAAACAGUAAGUUUUAUCUCACUUAUUCAAUAGAUUGUGAAUAUAUACAGUGGUCUGUGUGAUAAAAGGUCGCUUUCAGAUAUAUAUAACCGUGGGAUAUAUAUAUAUAUAUAUAUAUAUAUAUAUAUAUAUACACAAGGAAAUUGUGUGAUUUAAUACACUACUACGCUUAUGAUUUGCUACUACACUCUAGUGGGAAUCCUUCUCACCCACCUUAAACAUGCAAAAAAAAAACAGUGGAAGGGAGCCUAAAUGCCGCCAAGCUCAAAAGUGGUAACUGGGAGGACAAAGUUCUUCUGGAGCCUGGAAAAGAGAAAACUAUAUAGUGUAGAAACAUUUACCAGCGUAUAGUAUAUAUAGUGUAAUUAGUCCAACUCACAUGGACAUGAGCCAUGCAAAGACAGGCUCAAAUCAUAAGCGUUGUAAUGUAUUAAAUCACACAAUUUUCUUGUAGCUCCAAUGUUAUGGCAAAUAUCCUCAAAGGGAAAGCAGAAAGAAAAAAGAACAAACUCCUCGUGAAGUAUAUCUGGACAAAUAUAACAGUAAUUAUGUGAUGGGCUUAUUAUACAGGUGGGCUAAUAAGUAAGACGAGGCUUGGGGUGAAUUAUAUCUUUGCUAGAAAAAGAGCCAAGAUUGUGGGUCACAUGGCAGUGGCCUUUUUUAAAGAGGGCAAAUGUAGGUAAAACAGGUCUAAAAGACCAAAAAUGGGUGUCAUGGCAAAAAUGGGUGUAAUAGAAAAAUAUGCAUAAAGGAUGAAAAUCUUUGUUUACUCACUUGUGAGUAAUGUGUACAUUUUACUUAUGCUGCUGAAGAGGUUAUGACAAACUAACAUCCAAAAGGUGGGGAUUAUACCACCCUCUGCCUGAACCAUUGUGACAUAAGCUCACCUCUUGUGCCAUCUGCCAUCUUGUGCCAUCUGCCAUCACAUUUAUUAUUCACUUCAAAGUUACAAUAUCACACUAUUGUACUUUCUUCUCUCCUUUGUGUAUUAUUAUAUAUCCAUCACUUAAUACCACUGAAGUCAUGCAUGAAACAUAUGUAUCCAUAAGUGGGAAAUAUAUUACUGCACGCUUUUGAGUCUGAAGCUGGUUUUAAUCUCCAUUAUAUGUGAGUGGUCAUUCACACAUUUUUGUUGUGUCCUCUGAUUAUUGCAAUAUACCGCACCAUUGGUUCUUUUCUCUCUCUUUCUUUACUGUACAUACAAAAUAUUUAAGUCCUAAAAGAAGAUAGAUCACCUGGCAGAAAGUGAAAAUUCUAGACCUUGUCCCUUGGACUUUUUUUAACUUUCCAUUUUAACACAUUAUGCAUCUAAUAUUAGGUGCAUCCUGUUGUAUUGGUCUUUUAUGCUACCUUAUCUACCUGCUAUUUAGACAUUCCUCUCCAAAUAUUUUGAGGUACCCAUUAUUGUGCAUCUCCUGGGCCCCAUUAUUACCCUUUACUUUGUUGCCAGAGUGAUGAAGCAUGGGGUAGCGACCACGUAGGCCCCUCUGCAGUAUUUUUGUGGGCCAGGCGACUCUUACUUAUUUACUUUAUUUAUUUAUUUUGUAUGUUUCAUUGCUGCAGUGUAGAGCAGUAUACUGCACUAUUCUAAGCUGCAGCACUUAAAGAGUUAACUUUGUUGUCCUGCAGGUCCGAUCUGCUCUUAAUGACAUUACUACCUCUCAUGGCAGUCCAAUUAAAUUUUCAUAGAGAAGCAUUAUUGAACCUAAGACACAUGUGCAAUAAUCACGCUCACUCAGCCAGCGAGGUAGAGGAAAGGAUUGAGGAAGGUUAGCAGGGGGACAGUAUGGGCAAUCUAUACAGCAUUGUCAGCAUUUACAGAUAUAUUUUAUGCACAGAAUUCACAUUACUCAGCCUAGGCUGCUAAUUAUGCUGCAGGAACUGGAAAUACACCUCUGCCAGCAAACUCAGAUAUCUCUAUAUCAUACAGACACCUUACACCAUGACCACUUUGAAACACUGAAGUGGUCACAGUGCUUGGAGUAACCCCUAAAUAGUGAUCUACAUUACUAUUGUUUUUCAUGCUGUAUGUUAAAGUUACCUGGUGACUUUAUCUAAGAUGAAAAAAUGCUGAAGUCUAUCACAUUCAAGCUUUUACGCAUCUGUUUCUUCUGGUGAUCUUAAAGAAGUCUUAAAAAUACACUUAUCUCUGCUUAAAUGUCACACAAUCUGUGUAGCCAUAACAUCAUUAUUCUGUAAAGAGUUGACAUGACCAUUGCUGUUAUGUCACCAAAUUAAUACAAUUUAAAUAGUUGUUUCGACUAUAGAUGUUUCAACCUUUCUACCAUUUAUAUUCUACUAUUUAUCAUUGUAUAGAAAGUACUGUUAGGAGUAAUUUUCAUUAAAUUAUUAUUCGCUUGGUUGUAUUUCACUAGUUAAAGCGACAGUUUAGGCACCAUAACAACCUAAUCCAAAUUAAGUUUUUAUGGUGUAAGAAGGCCCCUGGACGCACUCUUGCCUGACGAUAAGCUUCCUAAAAUUGUGACUUCAGAAGCCAGAUGUCAUCUGGGUGGCCUGAGAAUCAGUGCUGCAGGCUCACUUUGAAAUUAAACCGUUUGAGAACUGUAUAACCCCUUAAGGUAAAAGUGCACCCGUGGGCCUCCUGGCACAAUAACUACUUAAUUUAGCUGGAGUUGUUGUGGUGCCUAGCGUUCCCCUUUAAGUUUGGAACUACUUGGUUAUCAGAAUUGAUAGAUUGAUUGAAGACAGUUGAAACCUUCCUGGAAUCUUUGGGAACAGAUUUUGAUUUACAGUUUAUCUUUAUAUUCAAUUCAUGUUGUCUGCACAGCUGUUACAUAAGAAUUAUUUAUGUAUAAAAUCUGUCCAGAGUUACAGGAAACUGAGUAAAGAAAUAUGCUCAUGCAAGCCAUCUAUGCAGGCAAAACAUUUAGAAGAAUUGCAUAUGAGUGUAAAUAUCUCCUGCUUUCAUGUCUUACAGGAAUUUUCAACGAUCAAGAAUGCAAAUGUGGAACCAGCACCUGGGGAAAAAGUUUUAAAUGACACAAAAAUGUUAAGAGAACAGAAAUUACGACUAAGAGAAAUAGAUCACCAGAUUAAGGAAAUACAAAGAAACAUUAGUUCAUUGUCAGCUUCAUCAUCUGUAUGUGGUGAAUAGUUUUAUAAUUUUGUUAAUUUCAUGUUAAUCAUUUAGUUUCGAUACAUGUUUUAUUCUGUUAUGUUUUAUUUUCUGGUUUAUGUUUUAAUCUCUAGAAUCGCAGUAAGGUAAUUUUGACACCUAUUAGGGGUGUAAUUUUUUUAUAAAUAUAUUCUUAUUUUUAUAACUUUUAAUCCUUAUUCAUUAUUUGUUAAGGAUUUUGGAUAUAUAAAUGAAGAGAAAGUGAUAUGUUGUACAGACAAGUAGUGAAAAAAGGAGCUCAACAGAUUAAAGGACUUUAUUUUUGCCUUUAUAAAAUACUUCAUUUUUGCAUGGAUGACUGGGAUCUAAUAGAAAAAUAUAUGCAAUUCAAACAUUGCUAGUUGACUGAUCAAACUUAAAUAAUAAUAUAAUAAAAACCUAGACGGUGAUUAUCCACUAACUCAAUUGCUAUAUUAAGUUUCACUACAUAAACAAAGCAUUUGUAAAAGCCAAUAAUAAAUUAUUGAGCCAUAACACCAAAAUUAACUUUCAAGUGGCAUUCCGUAUUCCAACACCAAAUUAAAUAAAGCCUAACCAGGUACAUUUCUUGGUUGAAUAAAGAAGGUCACUUAAAAAUUGAUUUUGGCAUUUGGCAGCUCAGUCAUUUGUUGACUGCUGCUUAUUUAUUUAUUGUAUCCUUAAAGGAACACUGUAGGGUCAGG